UGAUAUUUUUUAAAUGGCUACAUUUUCAACCGCUUACCAUUUCUUUUCUUGUCAUGUAUUUGGGUAUUUUAUACCUGAAUUUUGUAAUAAAUUGGGAUUUCUGGUCGUUUUAAAAUUAGUUGGACAUUAAACACGUCUAAAUGGCGCUUAAUCCACAGUACGAUGCUAUCGGUAAAGGAUUCGUACAGCAAUAUUACACAUUGUUCGAUGAUCCGGCACAACGACCAAAUCUGGCAAAUAUGUACAACGUUGAAACUUCUUUUAUGACCUUUGAAGGUGUUCAAAUACAAGGUGCUGCAAAAAUUAUGGAAAAAUUAAAUGGUUUGUCCUUUCAAAAAAUUGGUAGAUUAAUAACAUCUGUGGAUUCACAACCCAUGUUCGAUGGUGGAGUUUUAAUUAAUGUCCUCGGGAGGUUGCAGUGCGACGAUGAUCCCCCACAUCCAUACAUGCAGACCUUUGUACUGAAGCCACUUGGAGAGUCCUUCUUUGUCCAGCAUGACAUAUUCCGCCUCGGCAUUCAUGAUGUAGCUUAACUCUCAAAUUACAAUCAUAAAUAUUAUUAACGAACAAGGUCAUACAGAAGUACUUGUAUGAACCACAUGCUAUAUAAAUCUUGUUUUGGUUAUCUAGGUAUAAGUAAAUAACACAGGAUGGAUUGCCUAUUUGUUUCUAAUUAUUGUAAAAUAAUUGUGGUUUGGGCACUACUAUUGUAGGGUGGAUAGGUAUAGAUCUCAUUUUUUUUAACAGCCAUUGCAUUUCAUUCUAUAGUACCUACCUUUACCUAUUGACCUUACAAUUGUAUGUCCCGAGACUACUAUUUGGCAUUUCUUUGAGCUUGAAUGUACUAAAAUUACUAUAGGCAUAGUAAUGGCAGAUUUUUUCAAUUACAUGUAUACAUUUUACAAAUAA